AUGUCAAACUCGAUUCCACUCGGAUAUUUUGCGGCCUCCGACGUAUACGCUGAGGCUUGGCCCAUGUGCAUCACCGGAAGAGCCGACCCAGGCCAGUCCAUUAUUCCUGGCAAACGGCCCAGAUGUUGGAAGUGUGAGAACGAUCACAAGAAGUGCCGUUUCGCCGACGGAAACAUGGGGCUUGGCGGUGAGUGCAAGCACUGUCGUAUCCGCAGUCUUCCUUGCUCGGGACCCAGGCUCGAGGACGGUAGAAAGAAACGCAAGCUCAACCGAGCCGGCGGAGAGAACACCAAGCAUCGAAACGGCCAGGAAUUACAUUGGAUCACGGUAUCUGAGGAGCGUGCGAGCAUGAUCGCCUCGACGAUCCUACCGCCGGCAGUCGAGGCAGUGAGCGUCGGAAAUGGUAUUGCUGUCGGCGGUAGACAGUCCACCACGCCGGCACCCGGUCGCCCCGAUUUCAACAAUUAUGGUACGGCGGUCUCGGACUUCUUUUCGGUAGUCGAAAACAGUCAUGGAGACCCCCAUCAUCUGAGAGAUUGUGUUGCGGCACUUGUAUGUAUCGGAGAACUACACUUCGCCGUAGCUAGUGCCACCAAAGUGAUCAAUGCUGGAUCGGAGUCGCACAUCUGGGCUCAUUCUAUGCCUAAUGAGGACCAACUGUCGCAAAUCUCCUACGCAAUAGCGUUAGCUGAAAAAUGCUCGAGAAAUAAGCUACACAUGGAAGCCAGAUCGAUUUACCAACAACUCCUCUCUAAUAUCGAGGCCUUUCGGAAGCUCCGACCAUCUGCGAUCGGUGAGUGCCACGACAGUUUGUGGAUGUUGGAGACGAUAUUGUGGAAGCUCGCGGAGCUUUACGGCAUUACCGGUAGUAUCUGUGCCGCGGAAGCCACCUCGGAACGACUGAUUCCAAUGCUUGCUCCGACAAACCCCCGUAGAGUAGCGGCCGUGGAAAGGCUGGCUUAUUAUUACUCCUGUGCACGGGAGGCCGAAGAAUCCGACGUGCCUGUCGCCUACCAACACGACAAUCCACUACAUCGUGCGGUUCACAGGAAGCAGCUGGAUGUGGUGGAGUUCAUUCUCCAGACCGACUUCCACUGGAAAGAAUCCCGAUCAGCCUGCAUACGGCGGUCGCUGCAUUCGCCCCAAGGAUGCCUCUCGUCACCAUGUCCAGACGAUUACACGAUCCUCGACAGGUUUGAGCGAGACAUUCGACACCACGGCCUUUACACGAAGGACCUCCACGACUGGGCGCGAUUCCUCGUCGAAUCACGCGAUCAGCUUUGGUGCAGAUACGACUACCUGAAGACACCGUUAGAUUUUACAGCGAAAAGACCCGGCGCCACAUCUGUACGGAGCUCACUCGUUGGUACGAGCAACCACAUCGUACAGAGAGACGAUGGAGAAAAUGAGCAAUCGCUCAUAUCUACAGUGAGGCGAGAGGAGGAGGAGUGUGCCGAAGUUGAGGAACUGGGCUCAAGCCCGCUGUUGCUCACCACACCUUUUUUCAUGGCAUCCCUUUUUGAAGAGGUAGCAAGCGGAGGGGAGUAGGGAGAGG